GGCAGCACUUCCGCCUGCGCCCCCUCCCCCGGCGGCGCAGUCCCUGCGGCCCGGGGCGAUCCCGGCGCGACCCUCGAGCUCUCGUGAGAGGCCGCGGAGCGCGGAGCCCGCGUCCCGAGGCGCCGGGCGCUCCUCCCCCCACGCUCCCCCUCCCGCCGCGGCUCGUCCCGCCGCCGCCGCUUCUCGCCGUCAAGCGCGGCGUCGGCAAGAUGGCGGCGCCCAGGCCGCCGCCCGCCCGGCUGUCCGGCGUCAUGGUGCCCGCGCCCAUCCAGGACCUGGAGGCCCUCCGCGCGCUGACGGCGCUCUUCAAGGAGCAGCGGAAUCGGGAAACCGCGCCCAGGACUAUCUUCCAGAGAGUCCUGGGUAUCUUAAAGAAGUCCUCCCACGCCGUGGAGCUGGCCUGCAGGGACCCGUCCCAGGUGGAGCACCUGGCUUCCAGUCUGCAGCUGAUCACAGAGUGCUUCCGGUGCCUCCGCAAUGCUUGCAUCGAGUGUCCUGGGAACCAGAACGCCAUCAGGAACUUGGAUACAGUCGGCAUAGCCGUGGAUUUGAUCCUUCUCUUCCGGGAACUGCGAGCGGAACAGGAGGCGCUGCUGACAGCCUUUCGCUGUGGCCUGCAGUUUUUGGGCAACAUCGCCUCGCGGAACGAGGACUCCCAGGCCGCCGUCUGGGUGCACGCCUUCCCGGAACUCUUCCUGUCUUGCUUAAAUCAUCCAGACAAAAAAAUCGUUUCCUACUCGUCAAUGAUCUUGUUCACAUCCCUCAAUUCUGGAAGAAUGAAAGAACUGGAAGAAAACCUCAACAUUGCGAUCGACGUCGUGAACGCUCACCAAAAGCAGCCUGAGUCGGAGUGGCCGUUCUUGAUUAUUACGGACCAUUUUCUGAAAAGCCCGGAAUUGGUCAAAGCCAUGCACGCCAAAAUGAGCAAUCAAGAAAGGGUGACGUUGCUGGACGUUAUGAUCGCCAAAAUAGCGGGCGAGGAGCCCCUGAGCAAGGACGACGUGCCCGUGUUUCUGAGCCAUGCCGAGCUGAUCGCAGGCGCCUUCGUGGCGCAGUGCAAGACGGUGCUGAACUUGGCCUCCGAGCAGCGUGACGAUGAGGAGGCGCUGGCCACGAUCAGGCUCCUGGACGUCCUGUGUGAGAUGACGGCGAGCACGGACCUGCUCGGCCACCUGCAGGGCCACCCCGGCCUGCUGGAGAGGGGCAUCGAGCUUUUACGGCUGAUCCACGCAGCCGGCAGAGACGGCGCGAACAUCUUCAGCUCCUCGGGCCGCGUGAGAGCGGGAGGCGACGUCUCCGGCGUGGCCGAGGGCUUCAAGUCCCACCUCAUCCGCCUGAUCGGGAACAUGUGCUACCGGAACAAAGACAACCAGGACAAGGUCGGCGAGCUGGACGGCAUCCCCCUGAUCCUGGACAGCUGCAGCCUGGACGACGGCAACCCCUUUCUGACCCAGUGGGCGGUGUACGCCAUCCGGAACCUUACGGAGGACAACAGCCAGAACCAGGAUCUGAUUGCCAAGAUGGAGGAGCAGGGGCUGGCCGACACGUCCCUCCUGAAGAAGACGGGCUUUGAGGUGGAGAAGAGGGGUGGCAAGCUGGUCCUGAGAGCCACCGGUGACGGCCCUCCAUCGUGAGUGAACUCUGCAUCCACACAGCUGAAGCUGCGGAGUCUUCCCCUGGAUUUCCCAUCUUCGGCCUUACGUGAAGUUCAAGUGUUUGAAGAUCAAGUACAAAUUCAGGGGCUCGUGAUGCUUUUAGAUACUAGAGUUAAAUGUGUUUAAGCUUAGAAGUGAAAGUGUAUGAGUGUUCUCUUGUUUCUCUGCUUU